AUCGUGUGGAGAGCUCUCCUCUCCCCUUCCCGGGCUCCGUACGAGUUCCCGCUGGUCCCGUGCGCGCCCCAACGUCCCACGGAGCAAUAGGGGCCAGACGGGACGAGGCGACCCCUAGAGGGGCAGGGAGGCUGGCCGCGACACUCGUGCCCUCAGGGCAGCAGAACCUCUUCCCACAAGCUUUGCAACUGAGGACGGCCGGCUGGCAGGGGACUUAGAGGGACGAUGGAGUUGGGGCCUUUCUCAGCCCGGGGACUAACGCUGGCUUCCCCGUGGCCAGACUCGAGGUGCAGGGGGCCCCGGCCCUUCCCGUCGGGAAAGCGAGCGGGUGGAAAUCAGGGGGCGCCUAGCUGGAUUGAGCCCAGGUCCGGCGCCAGCGACUUUCUCCUCAGCCGUGGGGUGCGGGGCGCUCCCAGCCGCCCGCGCCCGGCGCCCAGCGGUGCUACUGCUGGCGCUCACAAUGCGAGUUCGCGCCCUCGGGGCGGGAGCAGGCGCGUUGCCAUGACAGCAGCCCGCGUGGCGCGCGCCCCGGGGUCCCGACGACCCCCCGGGAGCGCGCUGCCUCCCCCUCACCCCGACCCCCCCUCCCCGUGACUGAGCGCACCCCCCCGCUCCCGGCAGUGGGAAGGGGCCGGGCCAGCUGCCUGACGUCUGUGCUGGGCUCGGAAAAUGGCUGCGGAGCCGAGCACCGGGCAGUGGCUGCGGCGGCGGCGGCGGCGGGCGGGGAGCGCCGCGGGCGGGGGCUCCGCCUUGCGCGCGGGGCGCUGAGCCGAGAGGCGCGGAGGCGGCUAGGGCGCGCUGGGGGCUUGGGGCCGCUCGGCGCCGCCUCCCCGCCACCCGCCGCACCAUGGGCAGCGCAGAGGACGCAGUCAAAGAGAAACUGCUCUGGAACGUGAAAAAGGAGGUGAAGCAAAUCAUGGAGGAGGCUGUCACCAGGAAGUUUGUGCAUGAAGAUAGCAGCCACAUCAUUGCUCUGUGUGGUGCUGUGGAGGUUUGCCUUCUGCAUCAGCUGAGACGCCGUGCCGCUGGCUUCCUGCGCAGUGACAAGAUGGCGGCCCUGUUCACCAAGGUGGGGAAGACGUGCCCAGUGGCUGGGGAGAUUUGCCACAAGGUACAGGAGCUGCAGCAACAAGUAGAGGGCAGGAAGGCCUCAGGGGUCAGCCAAGAGGCCCUGCGAAGACAAGCCUCUGCCAGCGGGAAGGCCCCGGCCCUCAGCCCACAGGCCUUGAAACACGUGUGGGUACGCACAGCGCUCAUUGAGAAAGUGCUGGACAGGGUUGUGCAGUACCUGGUGGAGAACUGCAGGUACUAUGAGAAGGAGGCGUUACUGGCAGACCCUGUGUUUGGCCCCAUCUUGGCCUCUCUUCUAGUGGGACCCUGUGCCUUGGAGUACACCAAGCUCAAGACAGCCGAUCACUACUGGACUGAUCCCUCUGCUGACGAGCUGGUCCAGAGGCACCGUAUCCGGGGUCCCCCUAAUCGCCAGGACUUCCCUGCAAAGCGCCCCGCCCUAGGAAUCCGGAAGCGUCACUCAAGUGGCAGCUCUGCGGAAGACAGAUUGGCUGCCUGUGCCCGCGAGUAUGUGGAGUCCCUACACCAGAACUCGAGGACGCGGCUGCUCUAUGGCAAGAACAACGUGCUGGUGCAGCCGAAGGAGGACAUGGAGGCUGUCCCUGGCUACCUCUCCCUUCACCAGUCUGCAGAGAGCCUAACUCUGAAGUGGACCCCCAACCAGCUCAUGAACGGGACUCUGGGGGACUCCGAGCUGGAAAAGAGUGUUUACUGGGACUAUGCCCUCGUUGUGCCCUUCAGUCAGAUUGUCUGCAUCCACUGCCACCAGCAAAAGAGCGGCGGCACGCUUGUGCUGGUGAGCCAGGAUGGCAUCCAGAGGCCACCGCUGCACUUCCCACAGGGAGGACACCUGCUGUCCUUUCUGUCUUGCCUGGAGAAUGGGCUUCUGCCUCGAGGACAGCUAGAGCCCCCGCUCUGGACCCAGCAGGGGAAGGGUAAGGUGUUCCCCAAGCUGCGGAAGCGCAGCAGCAUGCGGUCCUUGGACAUGGAGGAGAUGGGCGUGGGGCGGGCUGCAGACUACGUGUUCCGGAUCAUUUACCCUGGCCACAGGCACGAGCACAUCACUAUUAACUACCACCACCUAGCGGCCAGCCGCGCGGCCUCGGUGGACGAUGAUGAGGAAGAGGAGGAUAAACUACACGCGAUGCUCUCAAUGAUCUGCUCGCGGAACCUCACAGCUCCCAAUCCGAUGAAAGAUGCUGGCGACAUGAUCGAGAUGCAGGGCUUUGGGCCCAGCCUGCCAGCCUGGCACCUGGAGCCCCUGUGCAGCCAGGGCUCCUCCUGCCCCUCCUGCUCCACCAGCAGCUCCCCAUAUGCAACCCCCAGUCACUGCAGCUGUGUCCCCGACCGGUUGCCACUCAGGCUACUGUGUGAGAGCAUGAAGAGGCAGAUUGUGUCCCGAGCCUUCUAUGGCUGGCUGGCCUACUGCCGCCACCUAUCCACGGUGCGGACCCACCUGUCAGCACUGGUGCAUCACAACAUCAUCCCGCCCACCUGGCCCCCAGGGGCCUCUGGGGGCCUCACCAAGGAUGUGUGGAGCAAGUAUCAGAAGGAUGAAAAGAACUACAAAGAGCUAGAGCUGCUACGGCAAGUUUACUACGGAGGCGUGCAGCAUGAGAUCCGCAAGGACGUCUGGCCCUUUCUGCUUGGCCACUACAAGUUUGGCAUGAGCAAGAAGGAGAUGGAAGAGGUGGACUCAGCGGUGGCAGCGAGGUACCAGUGCGUGUUGGCAGAGUGGAAGGCCUGCGAGGUGGUGGUGAGGCAGCGGGAGCGGGAGGCUCACCCAGCCACACUCACCAAGUUCUCCUCAGGCAGCAGCAUCGACAGCCACGUGCAGCGCCUCAUCCACCGAGAUUCCACCAUCAGUAAUGACGUGUUUAUCUCUGUGGAUGACCUGGAACCCCCAAGGCCCCCAGGCACUGAAGAUUCCAGACCAGAGCCCGAGCAAGAACCAGGACCAGGGUCCCCGGGCACCGCGGUGGUGGAACAGCAGCAGUCAGUGGAGUUUGACUCUCCCGACUCAGGACUGCCUUCCUCUCGCAAUUACUCUGUGACCUCAGGCAUCCAGUCGAGCAUAGAUGAGGGGCAGAGUGUGGGCUUUGAGGAGGAUGGCGGUGGGGAAGAAGGCUCUGAUGGGUCAGUUCCUGCAGCCCACGCUUUCUCCGAGCCCCAAGAUCCCAACCAGGAGAAGACCUCGCGGCCCAGCGAGCUGGAGGCAGGGGAGGAGCUUGCGGCUGUUUGUGCUGCUGCCUACACUAUAGAAAUACUGGACACUGUGGCCUUAAAUCUGCACCGCAUAGACAAGGAUGUGCAGCGAUGUGACCGCAACUACUGGUACUUCACGCCCCCCAACCUCGAGAGGCUCAGAGACAUCAUGUGCAGCUACGUGUGGGAACACCUGGAUGUGGGCUAUGUGCAGGGCAUGUGCGACCUGCUGGCACCUCUCCUGGUCAUCCUUGACAAUGAUCAGCUGGCCUACAGCUGUUUCAGCCACCUCAUGAAGAGGAUGAGCCAGAACUUCCCCAAUGGGGGCGCCAUGGACACCCACUUUGCCAACAUGCGCUCCCUCAUCCAGAUCCUGGACUCAGAACUGUUUGAACUGAUGCAUCAGAACGGAGACUACACCCACUUCUACUUCUGUUACCGCUGGUUCCUGCUGGAUUUUAAGAGAGAGCUGCUGUAUGAGGAUGUGUUUGCUGUGUGGGAGGUGAUCUGGGCAGCCCGGCACAUCUCAUCGGAACACUUUGUCCUGUUCAUCGCUCUGGCCCUGGUGGAGGCCUAUCGUGAGAUUAUCCGUGACAACAACAUGGACUUCACUGACAUCAUCAAGUUCUUCAAUGAACGGGCUGAGCAUCACGAUGCCCAGGAGAUCCUGCGGAUUGCCCGGGACCUCGUCCACAAGGUGCAGAUGCUCAUAGAGAACAAGUGAGGGCUGUGGCCAGGAGGCAGCAGCCGGCCAGAGCCAGGGCUCCGUGCCCCUGGGUCCCUGCAGGAAGCGUGCACAGGGGCAGUGCAGCUGAGUCUGCCCCAACUCCCAGCUGAUCCUCACCUGACUGUGUUCCUAACAAAGUGCUUGUGAGCCUGGGAUCCGACUCUGGGCAGUGCUGGCCCUGCAGGGCGAGUUGGGGCCAGGAUGCCCUCAGGUCAAGGUUGGGAUAGGAGGGAUCGGCUUCAGGGAGCGACUGCUUUGGGGGAUACCUACUGUGCUCUCCACUCAAAUGCCCAGGAAUAGCCCCACUGCCCCCUGCAGCCUCAACCUAGACUGUUCCCCAUGGCCUCUCCAGGUCAGCCCGGGGCCCUGCAGCGUUAGCAGGGCUGUAGUUGCCUAGACCCCACCUGGCGAGAGUUGUGUUGGGUCAAGGGACUCUGUGCUGUAUCUCUCCUGAGAGUCCCUUUGCAGGCCCAGUGCAUGUCUGUGCACCAGCCCCAGUUGGGGCAGUCAGAACUGCUGCCAGUUCAGGCGUGCGCCCUAGGUGUAGGAGACCUGGGCCACCUUACAGGUCCUCCCCUAAGACCGGGGCAUUCAGAAGAUGGGACCCUGGGUGGGAACAGGCCACCUCAGCAGCACUGCCACUGCCUUUGGCCACCUGGGGUGACCCCAUGCACGCCCAGCCCAUACAGUGUACCCGCGUGUGUCUGCACAGUCUCACUCCUGCCAACUCGCUCUUGCUUUAUGCAUUAGAUGCAUCCCUACAAACUGUGUGUAAAUGACGCUUUUGCCAGAUGGAUGAUCUGGAAUGUGGUAGGAGCACUUGCUCUCAAGGAAUCCCAGAGUGAUUCUUUAGGGAGGCAGUCCUGUCACAGCCUCCUCUCAGGAACAGGCCCCAGAGUUUAGGGGCAGCCCAUUGCCUAUCCCAGGCAUCUGCUGAGUCCCUGAGGCUUUGGGGGUGGUUACCUGUGUCUCCCGUUUGUCCCUGGUGAGAAGCAAGGCUAGCUCUGCCUUCCACACAUUUCUCAGGAUGUCGAGAGGCCUUGGGAGCUGGGAACUCCCCUGGAGGAGCCUCACUCAUGGGGAUGCUAGGAAGGGCCCAGCCCCUGACCCUAGGCCCAGGAACACUGCUUGCUGUCAUUCCUACCUCCCUUCCCCUCAACACAUUCAGGGUAGGCCUUGCUUUGGGGCCAGGAGGCCACUCUGCCACUGGGGCUGGGGCCUGCCUAGCAGUCACUAAGGUCUGGAGACUUCUUGCAUUUAAGAAACAUGAAAAAUGGCCCAGCAGCCCUUCUGCAUCCAGCAUAGCUCCCAGCCCACCUCUGUCCCAGGCACUGCACGCCUGUUUGUGGGCCAACCCACCUGCCCUAUUGCCCUCCCGUCGUUGUCUGUGAGUCCUUGGCCUCCACCAAAGCACGGUGGCCAUUGUGUCCCUGCCUUAGUGACUCAGUGGUUUUGUGAGGAGCAGAGUGUGUAUGUAUGUUUUUUGGCUCAGAAACUAUACUCUUCAAUGUAACAGACCAAUAAACACAGCAUUUGGCGAUG